AUGCUGCAAACAUUGUUCAUUGUGGGAAGAAACUUCAGGCCGAUCACGCCCUUCCUCUCAGUGUUCCUUGUUGAGGAAAAAGGCUUUACCACGAAAGACAUUGCAGACCGCAUUAUUCCAUGGUGGCUGUACUCCAUGCUGCUCUUUUCCCUGGUCCUCUCGUGGAUUGUGCAGAGAGUGGGGCUUAUGCCGACGAUCGUGAGCUCGGUUGUCUCUGAGAUCGCUGCGUACGUGAUUCUUCUGGGCAUGAAGAAGCGGUCUGUUAUCAGCACGAUCACGAUAGAAGUUCUCAUGGCGUACCGAAACAGCACGCUCGUUGUUGAUAAGAGGUACUACGCGGAGAACGACCAGAACAUGAGCGUGCGAUACAGCACCAUCCGGAAAAUAUCCGGGAUUAUGGCGAGCUUUCUCUCCCAGAACAUGUACUGCAUCUCCGGGAGCAGCCGGCCCUCGGUCUACCUCACAAUCAUAUCGCAGCUGCUCGUGCUCUUUUUCGUGCUCUUCGUGUGCAAAAAGAACGCCUUGCCGCUCGACAUCAACGCAGGGAUGGCCGGCAUAAAGAUAACGCCCGCUUUGGUUUCUAAGGUCUUCUCGUACAUUGGGGCGUUUACGCUCAGCGUUUGCUUUAGGAUAUACAUCGAUCUGAUUCUGAUAGAGCGAACAGGCGACGCAGACAUACACCCGGGGCUUGUGAAGGUUCUUAUAGAGGGCAUUUCCAGCGUGUUCUACUACGUCGCAUACGGGACUAUCCGGGCGCUGCAGCUGCUUAGACUUCCUGCCCGGAUACAGCCGCAGAAAAAUAGCAACAAGCCGGUGCACGGGUACCUGGAGGGGAUUGCGCGUGUUCUGGCGGUUGUCUUGGCGAUUCCCAUGGUUAUAUACACAAGCGGAUCCACCCGAAACUCGGAGCUGCUCAUGUGCGUCUCCUGGGUCCUGCAGAUCUCCGGGAUAUACGCCCUGAAAACGACAAAAAACAUAUACGGCGGGUAUUUGGCGUACCUGCUUUCGUUCAUAGGGGCAAAUAUCACCCUGUACCUGUCGUACAACGGAAUAAACAGGGAGGCAGGCGACAGAAUACUCUGCAUUAUGUCGCACAUUGGGGGCAUAUCCGCAGCUACGCACGCCAUAAUAGACGUUAUAUCCCGAAGGAACAGAUUGGUGCCGCAAGCCAGGUUCAACAUAUACGCGUACCUGGGAAGCGCACUCUUUGCAUGCGCAGGAGCGCUCUCCCUGGCUGCAGUCUACAUGGCAUAG